GUGAAUUAGCCCAAAUGGGUUGGAAUAGCCCCUGUUGACAGUUCUACAACCAUUAGAUUCCUAGUUUCUACUCCAUCAUGAUCACUAAAAUGGAUAAGAAUCUUAAAGCAAAUUUGGUAAAAAAGGAAAAAGGAAUCCUAUAACUAAUAAAAUACUUCAAAAGAAUCCUCAUUUGUACGUUUAUUUAGCUGGCGUUGACAAAACUCUGUUAGUUUUUUCCCAUAUAUACACACACCAAAAAAAGAAAAAAAAAAAAGCUCAACAGAUCUCAGUAGAAUUAUCUUUUCUAUUCUCUAUUCAACUAAUCUUCAAACGGUUAUGAUGAUGAUACGAGGUUAAAUGAAGAAAUGAGGAUUCAUAUUCCGACCCCGAACUUUUUUGGGACCGAGGCAUAGUAAUUGCUGUUGUAGGUAGUUGCUACAGUUCAUCAAGGAUUCAAGGUAAUUGGUGAAAGUUUGGAGGUCCAAUGGCGAUUGGUAUGAAACAGAUGUCUAUGAUAAUAGCAACCCUUGGUGUUUUAUCCUUUAUAUUUGGAGUUAUUGCUGAAAACAAGAAGCCUGCAGCUGGAACUGCGAUAUCAGGAAAAGGCAUUGUGAUUUGUAAAUACAAGUCUGAUCCUACUGUUGCUUUGGGGUAUUUGUCUUUUGUUUUUCUUGUUGCAUCUUCGGUGGCUGGUUUCCUGUCUUUAUUUUAUCCGUAUCAAGGGAAGUCAAUUCCACAAGCUGCUUUGCUGAAAAACACCAGUUUUGUCGUGUUCCUCAAUAUCGGAUUGGGCACAGCCGGUUUAGCAGCAGUAUUGUUGUUGUGGCCUACAAUCUCCGAGCAACUUCAUAUCACGCGCAACAUUCAUCAUAACUUGCAGACCGAUUGCCCAACAGCCAAGACCGGUCUUCUAGGCGGAGGCGCCUUCUUGUCUCUUAAUUCUGCGCUCUUCUGGUUGGUGUCUUUGAUGUUAGCUGAUAACGCUCGUGAGGAUUAUUUCGUAGAAAUUGAUGGAGUCAAGGGUGAGCUAAAAGCAAGUUAUGCAGAUGAUGAAGUUAUCAAGACCAGUGCUUAAGUUAAAUACACUAUGAUUCUACUCUUAUCUCUUUGUUAUUUUGCUUGUUGCAAAAUGAACUUAGCACAAGCUGUGUAAAAAAAACAUGGUUUCCUGCUUUUCUAAGUAUAAAAAUAUCAUUGUGGAUCCCUACCUUUAUAAGAAAAAGACUAAUGAUUGGGUUCCAUUUCUUUCUUGAAAUGGGGUCAAAAUUGCUCCUGAA